AAAAUCUCCAAUCCCCCUUAUCUCCAAUCCGAUUCUCUCUUUCCCCAGAUUAUUUUCUUUUCAUCUCCUCUUUUUCUCGGGAAAAAAAAGUGGAAAGGAAACUUUUUUAAGGUAUACCCGGAUCCUAUUUACUUCUUGGCUUCAGUUUUUCAUCGUUUUCACAAGGUUUUGAACUCUGGGUUUCUCUUACUUGGGUGUUUGUUUCUCAGGAAAAAGAAGAAGGAAAACUUCUUUAGAUGAAAAUCCAGUGUGAUGUUUGUGAUAGAGCACCAGCAACAGUUAUAUGUUGUGCAGAUGAAGCUGCACUUUGUGCUAAAUGUGAUAUUGAUGUUCAUGCUGCUAACAAGCUUGCAAGCAAACACCAAAGGCUCCUCCUUCAAUGCCUUUCGGACAAGCUUCCUCCUUGUGACAUAUGCCAGGAAAAACCAGCUUUCAUCUUUUGUGUUGAAGAUAGGGCCCUUUUCUGCCGGGAUUGCGACGAACCGAUCCAUCCGGCCGGCAGCCUCGCCGCUAAUCAUCGACGGUUCCUCGCCACCGGAAUCCGAGUCUCGUUGAGUUCGAGUUGCAAUAGAAAGACUGAAAGCAAUGUGUUGGAGCCACAUAACAAGAGUUCACCUCAGACUUCAAUGAAAAUGCCUCCACCACGACACUCAACCUCUGCAUCCUCAUGGGCUGUUGAUGAUCUGUUGGAGCUUUCGGACAUUCAAUCUCUGAACAAGAAUGAGCUUGGGGAGCUUGAGUGGCUAGAAGACAUUGGUCUUUUUGGUGAUCAAUUGCCUCAGGAGGUAUUAGCACCGGCCGAAGUUCCUCAGCUUCCGAUAUCGCAGUCAAACAACCCGAACUUGUACCGACCUACCAGACAUUACGUGCCUCUUAAGAAGCCUAGAAUCGAAAUUCCGGACGAUGACGACGAGUACUUCACGGUCCCUGAUCUAGGAUGAGUCGGUAGCUCGAUCAAACUAUAUGUUUAUAGUUUCAUAUGUAGGCAUACUUAAGCUCGUAUGCAUCUUAUCAUGCUUGACUAUUAUGUUGCAUUUGUUUCUGUUCAAAUAUUUAAGUACCCUACUCGUCUUCAAACAUGAACAUAAA